UUGUGGAUAAUCCAAUUUCAUCGGAAUUUUUGUUCAUCUGAAAGUGUAUUUGUUAUUUUAGUUUCAGGUCAACCGAUAAGUAGAAUAAAGGUUCAGAAUCCAGUUGUCGAACUCGAUGGAGACGAGAUGACUCGCAUCAUUUGGUCGAAGAUAAAGGAAGUGCUCAUAAAACCAUAUUUAGACCUAGAUUGUGUUUAUUUUGACUUGGGUCUGGAAAAUCGUGACAAGACGGAUGACAAAGUGACAAUUGACGCUGCGUAUGCUAUUCAGAAAUACAACGUUGGCAUAAAGUGCGCUACCAUAACACCUGACGAGGCGCGUGUUAAAGAAUUUAAUCUGAAAAACAUGUGGAAGUCACCAAAUGGAACAAUUCGUAACAUUCUUGGUGGAACAAUUUUCCGGGAACCCAUAAUAUGCUCAAACAUACCAAAACUUGUUCCUGGAUGGAAAAAGGCAAUCAUUGUUGGUCGUCAUGCAUUUGGUGAUCAGUAUAAAGCAACGGACAUUGUGAUUCCCAAGGAAGGGAAACUUGAACUUAGGUUCACCCCCAGAGACGAAGAACCCGUUGAUAUUGAAGUAUUUAAUUUCCAAAAUGGUGGUGGUGUUGGAAUGGCAAUGUAUAAUACGGAUGAGAGUAUCCGUGGGUUUGCUUAUAGUUGCUUUAAUUACGCGUUGGCCAAGAAAUGGCCACUUUACUUGAGCACGAAAAAUACCAUCUUGAAGAAGUACGAUGGACGUUUCAAGGAUAUUUUCGCUGAAAUUUACGACUCGAAGUAUCGUAGUGACUUUGAAGCUGCUGGGAUCUGGUAUGAACACCGCCUCAUCGAUGAUAUGGUCGCUCAAGCCCUCAAAUCCUCUGGCGGAUUUAUUUGGGCCUGCAAAAACUACGACGGAGAUGUCCAAAGCGACAUUGUCGCUCAGGGUUACGGGUCGCUGGGUCUAAUGACCUCAGUGCUGCUGUGCCCCGAUGGAAAGACCAUGGAGGCGGAAGCCGCGCACGGCACGGUGACGCGCCACUACCGGGAGCACCAGAAAGGCCGUCCCACGAGCACCAAUCCCGUGGCGAGCAUUUUCGCCUGGACUCGGGGUCUCGCACACAGGGCCAAGCUUGAUGGAAACACCCAGCUCGCUGGAUUUUGUGACCACCUCGAGAGGGCCUGUGUGGAGACCAUUGAGUCCGGCAAGAUGACCAAGGAUCUGGCCAUCUGCAUUCAUGGGACGGCCUCGCCGGACCAGUACCUAAACACUACGGAAUUCAUCGAAGCUAUCGCCAAACAACUACAGCAUCUAUCUCAGUGA